GAAGGUUUGGGCUUGUGAAUAUCUCUAAGGAGUGAAUCAGUGAGAAAUGGCGGUAUUUCUGAAAAUUUCAAUCUCGGUUAUAGUUCUAUGUGCUGCAGCCCAAUAUUCAGAAGGAACAAUGGGCUGUGCGAAUUUUGGUCAUUCCUGUUAUGGAGGAUAUGGAAAAAGGACUGUUUCUUCACCGAAUGCCUACAGAGAACUAUUCCAGAUGAAUUCUAGAGACGAUUUGGCAAUAGACACGGCAAAAAAUGGGUUUCUACCGGAUAUGAGCAAUUCCAUUUUGGAAUCGACGAAAAAACAGCGCCACAAUUUGGCAAGGUUCCUGAAAAAUUGGAUACGAGAAAACCAAGAUGAAGAUCAAGCUAGUAUACUGCCAAUGUACCACAUUAUCAAAGACGCUCAAGCAUGAAAUUACGAGAAUUCUCACUGCCAUUCUUCAUCGGUACCUAUUUUGUAUUGAUUGAAAAUUAUGUAGAAAUUUAAAGUAACUAGAAUAAAGUUUAAAUGAUAUCGACACUUCUUUCCUGGAUAAUGUAAUGUGCGACACCAUGAGUAUCAUUGAAAUUAUAUAGAUAAUAUUAUGUUAUAGUCAUAGAAAAAGUAUAAACCUACUCAUUGAGAAGGAAAAUUCUC